UCUCGCGCGGCGUCGCCGGCGGCCAAGGCGGUAUAGCUGGGGUUUCACCUUCGUCGCCGGAACAGCGGAGGGCUAUAUACAGCUGGACGAUUGUUUUUUUUUAUGCCCGCGGGGCCGGCGAUGAUCCGUACCUCCUCGUCAGCUGCCUCCGCGUCGUCCUCCCUCGCCGCCAAGCUCCUCCCGAAAUGCCGCUCCCUCGCCGCCGUCAAGCAGCUCCACGCCCACCUGCUCCUCCUCCGCUCCGCCCACCGCGCCUUCCCUUACAACCACUUCCUCUCCAGGCUUCUCUCCCUCUUCGCCUCCGCCUCCUCCUCCUCCACCGCCACCCACUCCGCCGCCGCCGCCGCCGACUACGUUCUCCUGCUCCUCGCGUCCCACCCGGAUCCCACCGCCUUCUCCUACAACGUGGCGAUCCGCUUCUUCGCUACCUCCCGUCCCGACACUUCACUCCGCCUCUUCCUCCUCAUGCUCCGGUCGGGGCUCCGCCCAGACUCCUACACCCUUCCCUUCCUCCUCCUGGCCGCCGCGCGGUGCCCCGCGCCGUCUCUCGCCCGCUGCGCGCACGCGCUGCUUCAGAAGAUCGGACUGACGAACCAUGACCACACUGUGCACUCUCUCAUAACCAUGUACUCAUAUAUUGAUGAUCCUCGUGCCGCACGGAAGGUGUUCGACGGAAUUCCCUUCCGUGACGUGGUCUCUUGGAACGCUAUGAUGAAGGCAUAUGGGCGGGUGGGGAUGCCCGGUGAGGUAGGCAGGAUGUUCCAGGCCAUGGUGAAGGAGGGUGCAGUGGCUCCCAAUGCGGUCACAGUAGCUGUAGUGCUAGCUGCAUGCAGGGACGAGGGGAAUUUGGUGCUUGGAAGAUGGAUGGAAGAGUGGUCAAGGUCGGCGGGGAUGGAAACAGAAUCUCUUGUUGGCUCAGCACUAUUGGGAAUGUAUGAGAAGUGUGGAGAGAUUUCAGAGGCACGGCGAGUGUUUGACAGCAUCACUGACAAGGAUGUCGUUGCUUGGAACGCCAUGAUAACCGGAUAUGCGCAGAAUGGCAUGUCAAAUGAAGCCAUUGCCUUGUUCCACAGCAUGAGGAAAGCAGGUGUACGUCCAGACAAGAUAACACUGGCUGGAGUCCUCUCAGCCUGCUCGGCGGUUGGAGCUCUGGAGCUAGGUUCUGAACUGGAUAAUUACGCCUCACACAGAGGUCUGUAUAGCAACGUUUAUGUUGGGACAGCCUUAGUGGACAUGUACGCUAAGUGUGGAGAUCUUGACAAAGCCAUAAAAGUGUUUAGGAAGAUGCCAUGCAAGAAUGUAGCCUCUUGGAAUGCCCUAAUCUGUGGUCUUGCCUUUAACGGGCAAGGUGACGAAGCCAUUCAGCAUUUCAAACUGAUGAGGAAUGAGGAGGGGCUCAAGCCAGAUGAUAUCACCUUCAUAGGAGUCCUUUCUGCUUGUGUACAUGCUGGGUUACUGAAAGAUGGGCAGCGUUGGUUCAAUUCCUUGACAUCUGAAUUUCAAAUUGUUCCUAAGAUGGAGCACUACUCAUGCAUGGUUGAUCUAUUGGCGCGGAGUGGACAUUUAGAGGAAGCAUGGGAUUUCAUUGAGAAGAUCCCUGAGAAGGUAGAUGCAGCGAUGUUGGGGGCUUUGCUCGCGGCUUGUCGAAAAUGCAAGAAUGUUGAAAUUGGUGAGAGGGUGAUCAAUAUGAUCAUUCAGCUGGAACCCACAAACUCGUGGAACUAUGUGGUGUCGUCCAAGAUAUAUGCAAGCUCAGAUAGAUUAGAUGACUCGGCAAAGAUGAGAGGGCUAAUGAGAGAAAGGGGUGUCAGCAAAACUCCAGGUUGCAGCUGGGUUGAGGUUAGAGGCAAAGUCCUUGAAUUUUAUGCAGGGACCGAACCACAGCAUGGUGCCAACGAUAUGUAUCAAGUCCUAGACCUACUGGUUGAUGAGAUGAGGCUGGAGGGAUAUGUUCCAAAUAUUGAUGUGGUGUAGCACAUAAGCAGAAGCAAAUUAUUUUCAGCUGUGACAGUCUUGUUGAAUUUGCUUCUGGAUUGGUGUUUGUCUCUGAGGCUGUGACUAUGUGGAUAUGUGAUACAAGGAGCCAGUUUUAUCCUCUCAAAGCAGCAGAAGCAUGAGUUUAUCUGCUAGAAGUCUAAACAGAAUUGGUGGACGUCAAAGAUGGAGCUAGCAAAGGAUUUGCAAUCAUUCCAUCUGACCAGAUAUCUGGACUAAUCCAGUGCAUUGUGCUAAACCCGAUUGGCAUAUCUACACUACAGGGCUCUUUAAAUUUUGUCAGCACGUAGGUGUGUCAGUUGUUUGAGCUUGCAGUCCAUAAACUUAUCUUAAUGAGUAUUACCCACACUAGAAACAAUGCAGCAGAUAGGUAGACUACAGACCGGUAUCAUUUCAUGAAUGGAUUUCAUUGAUCUUAGAAGUUAUCUGAACAUGCUAGAUAAUAGGGAAAGGCAAGGGUAUGGGAAACCGUAUUGCUAAAGAGUGUAAAACUGUAAAUACAACAUAGUCACAUAGACACUGCUGAUCUUUGUUUCUGUAAUUUUAUCAUCUCAUUUUGGCAUUGUUCACUUUUCUUGAUCCAAUUAUUCUAUUCUUUCUGUAAAAGUCCAUAUUCAACCAUGGUUGUAUUGGACAUAAGCUUGGUCCCAAGAGAUU